AUGGGAGCUCAACAACUGCUGCUGAUCGUGGCCGUCUCACUGGGACUGGUGCUCCUGUCGCAGGCGGACUGCCCGCUCUCCAGGGCGAUGAUCGAGGGCACCAACCGGAUAUUCACCAACCGCAACGCUGCUCAGCAGUACGAGCUGAAGCGGCUCCAGCGUGUCCGCACCAACGAGGUGCUCCACAUGGUCUGCCAGCCGAACGACAUUGUGCAGACGACCUGCCAGGCGAACACCAACUUCAGCCGACCGCUUCCGCUGCGAUGCCAAAGGCCCAUUGCCGCCUCCGCCACCGUGGUCACCGAUGCCUCCUGCUCGGCGACCAUGUACUCGGUGGGCCACAACAUCGGCAACCGCCACCUGGAGCUGUACCGCGCCUGCUACGACCGCACUGGGAUUCGCGCCCGCUUCACCACGCACUCGGUGUACCACAAGACCUUCUUCCCCCAACGUCCUUGUGGAGACUUCACACGGGAUGGAGUCCUCAGCGAGCGGGACGCCGAGAGCUUCCUGCCCCGCCAAAUCUUCCGCACCUUCCGCACCAUUUUCGGCAACCAGCAGCGCUACAUUCCCAACGAACGCGACGUGGUGAUCAACCGCGGACAUUUGACGCCCUCGGCGGACUUCCUCUUCGCGGACCAGAUGUGCGCCACCUUCAAGUACAUCAACGUGGCACCCAUGUUCAAGAGCAUCAACGACCGCAACUGGGAGACCGUGGAGAGGUGGGUGCGCACGAGGAUCAGCGCGGGCGGAUCCCUGAGGAUCAAGACCGGAACCAAUGGCGACCUUACCCUGCCCGAUCGCCAGAACCGCCAGCGGCGCAUUAUCCUGGGCACCCAAACGAAGAACGUGAUGCCCCUGUGGCUCUACAAGGUGAUCCGCACCUCCGCCAACGCACCGCACACCGUCUUCGUCACCCUGAACAACAUCUUCGCCAGAGCUCGGCCCAACGCCCCCAACUUCUGCACCAGCAUUCCCUGCCCCAUCACCCUGGAGAACGUGGCAGCCGCCGGGUACACCUACUGCUGCAACGCCACCACUUUCAACCUUUGA